AAAACGAACAAAUUAAUCUCCGUUUCUAGCUAAAUUUUGGGGAAAAAGUGUAAAAUUUAUUAAUUGUAAAGUCUCCGUGGAGAUAGCUCAAUCGUAUAUUGUGGAACGUUCAGAGAUGGGCAUAACUCUUGUUUUGAAAAACGGAAUUUGAGCAGAGUCACUUUGUGAAAAAGGACGCUUGCGUCGUGAUAGCGCAUGCUAAACCGUAAAAUAAACGACACCUUUUAUGAUAUAUUUUUUAAUCAAGGCCACUGAAGACUUUGUAAACCAUUUGAGCUUCGUGUAAAAAUAUAGCGAAAAUGAACCAAGCCGGCCCACCCUUGUCCACCUUGCGCCAACUGGUGCCCCCUUUGCAGCUGUGCUCGGCCGCUAUGUGGCAGCUGGCCAAGCAGAAAGAUGUGAUGAACUACCAGAAACUUCAGGAGUUUGUGUACGCUGUGACCGAGGCGGUACCUGGGCUGAUGAACAACAAGCAGAGAGUCCAGCUCAUCCUGGGCCUUAGAGCGAGGCUGAUCCUUGAGCUGUGCAAAGGCACUGUCCGGGGUUCUGUGGACUCUCAGAUGAUCCACAGCCACUUGGAGAAAUUCCCAGUAACUCCAGAUAGCGACGGCGACAUGAAAACAGCCGAGUCCACUUUCGUCUCACUGGUUCAGAGCCUCCUGAAGGAUCCGGCGGAACGAGCUUACUUCUUUAAGGAGGUGUUCCCUGUAGAAUAUGGAAGAAAGUAUGAUGCGGCCCUACACGUGUUACUUUGGGAGCUGCUCUCAAAAUUAGAGAAGUUGCUCCCAGUACCAGACCUCAAGCAGACGGCAGCUUGGCUGGGCUCGGCUCCUGCCGUUUUGGGUGAAUGCCUCCAGUCCACACCAGAAGAGCUGGCAGAGCUCUUUGAGCACUGCAAGGCUGCUGGGCUUUUAAAAAUGCAACACGGUCCCUCGUCCACCAUCGGCAGCUGCAUCAUGUCCGCGCUGUCCAUUCCACCCUCUCAAAAAGCAAAUAUCGCCCAGGGUUCGGAGUCUGCGCACAACCCCUCCAACGUCCCAUAUCCCGAGCAGUACAGCGUGGUGACGGUCUACACCGAGGUGGAGGUCCAAGACACGCCAGCUGAAGCUCAGACGGAUUUCUACCGAGUGGAGGUGACGCCCGCCGAAGAAGCCGCGGACGUGGCCAAAGCAUUGGAGACGCUGACCAAAACGUUUGCGCUGAGAAAGGAGAGUCUUGAAAACGACUCGGCGAGCAACCGUCAGUUUGCAAUUCAAGAUGUCUUUGGGGAGGCCAACGUUGACGUCCAGACCGACGCUGAAGCGAAGGACUCUUCCGCAGAAGACGACACAACAAUUCAUGCCGCGCAACUUCCUGUCUGUGAACACUCAUCCAUUCCACUGAUGGACGCCUCCACGGGCUGGUGUGACUUAAAGAGCAUUCGAGCUGACCAACCAGUUGCCUUGUCUGUGAUCGCCAUGAAGGGUAGUGACCAAGGCGAUUCAGAUGAGAUGACGUCCAUCAUCUUCACAUGCUCGCAGUGCCCCUUCCACCACUCGGACGACAACAGCCCGCCGCACUUUCACAUGCAGAGAGUUCGCACCGACGACUACCGCAAGCUCUCAGGAUCCGACGAGGCUCCGGUUCCGUCCGAAUCGGAUGAAAUCUACACAUCCAUUAAGCUUUUUCCCAAAGGAGAUGCGGCACAGCCUGACAGCCCGUCGGUCAACGACGGCACCGCGAGCCCCCGCCAGGCCGCCGGCAGGCAAAAAGCCCUGACGUGCGAGACGUGCGGCAGGACGUUCACGCGCACAUCGGACGUGCGGCGCCACCAGCUGACCCACACGGGCGAGCGGCCCUUCCGCUGCUCGCAGUGCGAUCGCACCUUCCAGCACUCCUGGGACCUCACCAAGCACCAGGGCAAGUCGCACGCCGCCGCCGUCUCCUUCGCCUGCUCCUCGUGCCGGGUGUCCUUCGCCAACCUGCGGGCGCUGACGGCCCACCACAAGCGCCGCCACUCGGGCGGGAGCCGCCUGCCGCACAUCUGCUCCAUCUGCAGCCGCAGCUUCGCCUCGGCCGGCGAGCUGCUGGAGCACAGGAAGUCGCACGUGGCCAAGCGCUACGUCUGCCUGCAGUGCGGCGAGGGCUUCGACUCGCUGCUGGCGCGCUCGCUCCACCGGCAGGCGCAUCAGGUGAAGCGGCAAUUCAAGUGCCCGAACUGCGAGAAGACGUACACGCGGCGGUCGGACGUGAAGCGGCACAUGUCCGCGCACACGGGCGAGCGGCCUCACCAGUGCGGCCAGUGCGGCAAGCGCUUCUCGCUGCGCUUCAUGCUGGUCAAGCACCUGCGCGUCCACACGGGCGAGCGGCCCUUCCAGUGCUCGCACUGCGCCAAGAGGUUCACCCUGGCGUCGGUGCUGGCGCGCCACGAGAGGAUGCACACGGGCGAGAAGCCCUUCCUGUGCUCCCAGUGCGGCAAGGCCUUCCUGUCCCAGGGCGAGCUCUCCAAACAUCACCGCUCGCACGUGGACGAGCGACCCUUCGGCUGCUCGCUGUGCGACAAGCGCUUCAAGAGCAAGAAGACGCAGCGGGAGCACCUGGUCUCGCACAGCGGCGCCCGCCCGUACCCCUGCGCCUACUGCGGCAAGGGCUUCGCCAAGCCCUCCGCGCUCACCCGACACCACCUCAUGCACACGGGCGAGAGGCCGUUCCCCUGCGGCUAUUGCGACAAGUCCUUCCUCACGCGCAGCGAGGCGCAGCUGCACCGCCGCGUGCACACGGGCGAGCGGCCGUACGCCUGCGACGCCUGCGAGCUCAGGUUCAAGAGCUCGUCCGAGCUGGCGUGGCACAAGCGCAGCCAUUCGGGCGCCGCCAAGCCCGACUGCGGUCGCUGUCAGAAGACCUUCUCAUCCCAGGCCAAACUCAAGAAGCACUUGGAGACCCACACGGAGCACAUCACUGACUGAUUGUUCUUUGUUUUUUUUUUUGUAUGUAAAUGUUAUUCUCUUCCCAAGCAAACAACAAGAACAGAGCGUAUGUAAGCAAAAAGAUGCACAGUAAACUUUUGUUUGUUUUUCCCC